AUAUGUGACCCAAAAAAGAAACCUGUAUAGUUUCAUGUGUCUCUGUGUGUAUAUAUACAUACAACAUACAUACACAAAAAUGCUGAUCACUGAGUGGGUGAGGGAGUUUUAGAUCAUGGGAGGAGUUUUUGAGAGCUAAUACUAUUAUUUCUUCGCCACUUUCUAAUUACUAUUAUAAAUUAAUUUUUAUUUGUUUUCACGGUGAUCAUAACCGUUGAUUUUCUCAACCAGUUGACUGAUUUUUCUUUCACGGAUGAUGAGUUUUUGAUUGUGGCAAACAAGUUUUGAUCUUUUCUUCAACUGGGCUUGGCUCAAGUUUGGAUUUUUUUCACUGUGUGUGUGUGUGUGUGUGGAAGAGUGGUUUUAAGCUUUCAGUAGUUACUAAAUUUGUAGUAUUAUUUCGUUCUUCUCGAAUUUUGUUCAUCAGAUAAGGUUUUAGGCUAAUUUUAAAAAAAGCCCUUGUCUUUAUUAUGGUUUGGGAGUUGUAUUUGAUGAGGACUUCCUAAUUUAUGGUAAUUUUAUGUUGACAUAAUUACAUGUUUGUUGAGUGAGUCAAGGUUUGUGGGGUCAAAUUCUUGAUUAAUUUGGAAAAAGAUUGAGGACUGUUGUGGAUUAUUUGGUGAUUUCAGUAUAAAGAGCUUUGGGGUUUCUUAUGAAAUGUUAAUUUAUUUUGUGAGGGUGGAUUGAGUAGAGUGGGAUUUCAGUAUAUAUGUGGUGACUGCAAAAUUCCCCAAAUUUUGACCAGAAGUUGAUAUAGAUUUAGCUUAUUCAUUGGAAUUUAUAUUGGUUGGGGGACUAGAUUACUGUAUUUGAAACUAUGGCUGUCUCUUUGACUAGAUUUUCUUGGUGGGUUUGGGGUGGAAAAGAGAAAGAGCCUGUUGUGCCUAAUGGUUCUUCACUGAACUCCUCUUCUGAUUGGGGUUUGGGGAUGAGGGAAAUGGAUUCUUUGAAAUUUUCAUCUGUAAAGGGGGCUAAGAUGGCUUCUUCAAGUAGAAAAAUCAAAAAGAAAUGGAACAGUAGGGAAGAAAGGAGGAUUGAUAAAGAGUAUGACGUUGUUUUGGUGCCAUCAGAUGGUGUUUGUUUGUCUGGUUCUGAAUCCGAUGAUUCGGACUGGUCGAUUGGGUGGCUGGAACCACAUGCCCCUGAUUUCCAGAGUGAUGAUGAGGCUGAUGAUAGUUUUGCUGUGCUGGUUCCUUGCUACAGAAAUGAUCUUAAGGAAUCGGAGGUGGCAGCAAAUAAACAGUUAUUGACGGCUUAUAAGAAUCCCUCGGCUGAGCAUUCUGAUGAGCGCCAAAAGUACAUGCAGCAGUGGCUCUCAUCUCUUCAGAACUUCUAAAGCCUGCAAAUAUGCUGCUUGCUCUUGCUGAAAUACAGAGCGCUGUGGUAAUUAAUCUGACAAUAAUAUCUUAGGAGUUACCCCUCCAUGAUUGAAGUAACUACAAAAUCUACCCAAAAAAAUAGAAAAUUAAAAAAGACAAAAGAAGGAAGUAGUUUUUCAGCUUUUGGAAUAACAUUUUGUGUAGCAUGGUGGGUGAAUUGUAUCAACUUCCUCCAUGGUGACGAUUUUGCCUAUGAAAUGAAGGUCGACGAGUCAUCUACUUGGAAUUUCGCAGUCAAUUAUGUGACUAGUAUUAUUGAGUUGUAAGUCUUGAGCUUAUGUAAACCAUGAGAGGAGAAAUUCGAGAGACGAAGCUAGUUCUUGUAUGUAAAUUAUGCUACACGGAAUAUGUAAAUAUGUCUGAACUUAAUCGUUGCCGCUGUAAAUAAUCUCCUUCCCUGUGAAUUCAUGGUCCAACUCUCAUUGUCCCCACUUGUUCAAUUAAACGGUGUUCCAAGUUGAA